UUGGGUUAUUUGCUUCUGCUUCUUCCUCUUCUGUCUUGGUUUCUGAUUUCCAUGUCUUCUGCGGAUUUGGGUUCAGAAGUUGAAUAUUUGUUUGGAGAACAACGUAUGAAGUUGUCUGAAGAUGGACAAGAAAUCGAACUCAGCCUUGAUCAAUAUAGUGGUUCAGGUUUCCAAUCCAAACGAGCUUUCAUCUAUGGAAAGUUUGAUAUUCUAAUGAAACUCCCACCUGGAAAUUCUGCUGGAACAGUCACCACUUUCUAUCUUAACUCUACAAGAGGUGAAUGGCAUGAUGAGCUUGAUUUAGAGUUUUUGGGUCAUGUUGAUGGCAGCAAAUAUAUUCUUCAGACUAAUGUCUUUACAAGAGGAGUAGGUAACAGGGAACAAAGGAUUCGAUUAUGGUUUGAUCCAACAAUUGAGUUCCACAAAUACUCAAUUCUAUGGAAUCCUCAACAAAUAAUUUUCUAUGUGGAUGACAUUCCAAUUGAUUUUUUCAAAUCUGGAAGAGAAGGAAUUCCAUAUCCAAACCAACAACCAAUGACAUUAUAUGCAACUAUAUGGGAUGGAAGUUCUUGGGCAACAGAAUAUGGAAAAAUAAAGCUUAAUAUGAGUUAUGCUCCUUUCAUUGUCUCUUACAGAGAUUAUGAAGUUGAUGGUUGUGUAUGGACUGGACAUGGUAACAACACACUUUGUUCUAACCAUAAUAAUGCCUUUUGGAAGACACAUACAAUAACCAUGUUUGAGAAAGAGAUGUUAGCACAUAUUCACAGGAAUUACAUAUUUUAUGAUUACUGCACAAGUGAUCCCUCAAAAUUUAAUCCUACAGAGUGUGCUGCAGGGCUACUCCAAUAGAGAUAGUAGCUUGCAGAAAAAUUAAUUUUGG